GAAAUAGUCUAGCAAUCUGUAUUUAUGUUUCAUGCACAUUCAAAAUUACCCAGUUGUAAGCCUUUUUUUGCGAAAUGAAAUGCUGAUAGCCAGCAGCAAAGAUGAGUGACAUAGAUGAGGUUUUCACCAAGCUGGGUUUCGGUAAGAUGCAGUUCAUCAUGUUAUUUUGCUGCUUUAUACUGCAGCUUUGGAUGACCAAUGAGCAACUGGGAUUCGGAGUAGUAAUCGCAGGGGCAAGUUGUGAAAUGCAUAUACACGACAGGCGGUUGGCCUGGUUAAUGGCUGCAAACUUCUCGGCCCAGAUGAUAUCCUGUUUCAUAUGGGGCCAGUUAUCGGACUCGUACGGCAGACGCAAGAUCAUCGGAAUUACGGGUAUCGUCGCUAUUAUAUCUUCCUUGACCUCGGCCUUCAUGCCGGAGUUUUGGGGCUUCCUGGUCAUGCGGACAGUGGGUGGCUUCUUCAUUGUGGCGUUAGUUGUUUGCCUAAUGACCUACUUGAGUGAAUUCACGAAGAUCUCCUUGCGACCCAGGGUGCUGACCAUUAUGAGCUAUUCCCUCGGGAUGAGCAUGAUCUACGUGCCGUCUCUGGCCGGUGCUCUGCUGUCCAAGCGAAUGGAGCCCAGUGGCUGGCGCAUCCUGCUGGUGUGCAACCAGCUGCCCGGAAUCAUCGGAAUAAUCCUUCUGAUAUUCCUGCCCGAGAGUCCGAAGUACUAUCUGUCGAUUGACAACCAGGAGAAGGCCAUGCACGUCAUGGAAAGGGUCUGCCGAAUGAACAAGGGCAAGGAGGUCACUCUAAAGAGUCUGGGAGUGGAGUCGCUCACCCAGCCGCGCCUGCGUCUAGCAUCCGAGAUGCGCGGACGGUGUUACGGCACCAAACAGCUAUUGGUAAAACAUGGCAAGAUCAUGUGGUUUUUCUUCAUCAUAUUUUUUACCCUGACGGGCCUAGGUUUGGCUCUGCCCAUCUGGGUGUUGCGAAUCAGGGUUCUUACGGCAACCUACGAAGAGAUGGUGCCAUUAUGCGAUCGCCUGGAAGGAAUUGGUACAGAGUCGCAUGGCGAAACAGAGUGCAUCCUGACCUAUGCGCAAAUGACGGAUCCAAUGAUUCACGGAUGCGUUGUCCUCGGCGUUUUUAUAGUCACCAGUGUUGUCUUGAGUUGGCUGAGUCGUCGAGUGGUGAUUAUAGCCUUUGUGAUCAUUUCCAUUUUGGGAUGCGUGGCCCUUAACUUUAUGGUGCAUUCCACCAUGAUACUGAUUAGUUUCUUCGCCAUAAUCGAUCCGCUCCUAUGCAGCGUCAGGUUGGCAAGUUCCUUGCUCAUAGAUCUCGUACCCACUCAUCUCAGGGGCAAGGCCGCUGCUCUAAUCACGAUGACAGGUCGGUCCGGGAUUUUGUUAACCAGUGUGUAUGUUGGAUAUACCUUGUCGCACAGCUGCUAUGUUACCUUUAAUACAUUCAUUGUAUUUCUCUUGGUCUCCGGCAUCCUUGUGUACUGCCUACCAACCGAGUAUCAACACUCUAGCUUUUCAAAUUAAUA